GCGGCAGGACAACUUGUUGCUGUCGCCGGUGCCAAGCUGAACAGAUGAAGCGACUCCACGAAGAUCGCGCAGCCCUACUGCUGGGCAUCUUCCCCCGGAACCUCAAGAAGCGUUUCGGACUCAUACCCCUCAUUGGCUUCAUCGGACUCGGGCUGGGUAGCGCGGCCCUCUAUCUUUUGAGGCUGGCCAUCUACAGCCCUGACGUGAGUUGGGAUAAGAAAAACAAUCCAGAACCAUGGAAUAAACUGAAUCCGAAUGACCAGUACAAGUUCAUGGCUGUCUCCACGGACUACAAAAACCUGAAGAAGGAUCGGCCAGACUUCUGAGGGUGCCAUGGUCGAGUCGCUUUCCAGCCCCUGCCAUUUUAGGACCACUUGACAUGCCACUCUGUAUAGCCACAUCAUUUUGCUCUCUUGAUGGGCCUUUAAGUGCCCUUCAUUGAAAUUGCCAUGAAAGUGCCCUUCACUGGGUCCACGCCAAGAUGCCACCGCCGCUGCUUCCUGCCUGCCUCUAAGUGAUUGUGCUGAUGCCACACCAAUAAAAUAUCAACUGCCUGUCCAGCAAAAGCAAAGGAAAAUAUUAACCCAUUCUUUUCACUGAAACGCCUCUGUAUAUUGUGGUAACA